AUGGCAGUUUUAGUCGAUCGUGUGGAAAAUAGCUGCGGCAAGUUUUUUCGAAUCUUGAGAGAUUUAUCGACCAAAAUAAGUAAUACUCAGCGGUAUAAAAACCAAAUUAGGCUGUGGAAUUUUCUUUUCAUUUGUCUGGUUUUAACGGAUACAAUUAUCAACGGUAGAAUUCUUUCUCAAUCGACUCUUUUCAACAAUUUUCUUCAUCGAUUGGAAGAUACAAAUGGUCAUUUUUAUAAUACUUCACCAUGUAGCCAAUCUGGUCACUCUCGAUGUUGUGGCAUAUAUCGCAUUUCAAUUUUACUGCAUGAAUACGAAGGCGUAUACGUAACAUAUAUUUUUAUCUUUAGCAUUACCAUGAUUGUCAAUUUUUUCCUAUUUAUACGAUGCUCGGCAUUAAUCAUUUACACAUCGCAAUUGUACGAUUCCAAAGUCUUUCGAUUAGCAGCUUUAAUAUCAAUACCUCAACCAAUGUUAUUACAGUCAGUUCCACUGACUUGUUUAACUAUUGCUUUAAGACAUUUAGAAAAUAUGCCCAUGGGACUAAGAUGCCUCCAAUGCCGAGUUAAUUAUAUUAGUAAUAAUACUGUAUGCUCUAAUUUGUUAGCGGUCUAUGGCUUUGAUUUCGAUUUGCUAGCAAAGGUCGUACUUAUGCUAAUGAUUGGUUAUGCGACCUCGUUAAGACUACUUGGAUUUCAGCUGCAUUAUGAUGAAGGCGAUGUUAAUAGUAAUGAUCAGGGUAAUAGUGCUGCCAAAACGGUAGUAUUAUACAUCUUUGAAUCUCUUGGCUUAACCGCUAUCACUAGUGUGCCCGUUUGUAUCAUUGGCUGGACAUACCAUCAAUCGACAUCAAUCGAUCCAACUUUAUCUACUGGCUUAUAUGUACUAUUUAUUAUCCUGCCUAUAAUUGCUAGUCUCACAAUCGUUGCUACAGCUGCUGCGUUGGCAAUGAGGGAACAAAAAGCUUACAUAGCAGAAAACAAUCUCGACAUUAAUAAAGAGGAUGUUGCAUUUGCAUGUAAUACCUUGACAAUUUUCAUUUUAGAAGUGCUGAUGUUAAUUAUGGUAAUCAUAGGCCUAUAUACAUUUGUUCCGAUAUUGCUUGUCUUUGCUUUAUUUUAUCAAACAGUGUUAUACUUUACAUUACUAUUAAAAUUGGUUUAA